AAAAUAGUUUAACGAUUAAGGGUGGAUGUUAAAAAGUAACUAAACGUCUCUGUGCAUAAGAAAUUAUGCGGAUCCCCCUUCGGCGUGUAAUCGAAUCGCGCAUGUACUGCUAAACUUUGUUAUUCAUAUGCAAUAGUGAUGAACUUACUAAAAGUUUGAUUUAUUAUUCAUAAAUGAAUUCAUUAACGUAACGCACAAAGAGACGUUAGUUCUUCACUCUUGACCACUAAGUUUUAUUUGCGGAAUUAAAUUCUCUCUAUUUUCCUGGUGUGUUAUUUGAUAUCCGAACCAACAUUACCAGUGAUGAAUACAAACGUCGAGAAACAAUUUAAAGAAGCCAAAUUAUUAUUCGACAAAAUUGGUUGGAUGAUACAAAUUUUGAACGCCUGGCCAAUUGAUCGUACUACGAGAGGACUAAUACUGUUUAUAUUUUAUUUGAUCUAUGAAAAUAUUUAUCUUUCUAUGGCGUACAAUGAUUUUUUUUCAACUUUCGGUGAUCUCCAGCUUAUGACUGCGAAUCUUUUAGGAACUUUAAUACAAACGGUGAUGAUGACACGAUUGACGUUCGUCAGAUUUUCAAAAAGCUUAGAAAAAAUAAUUAUCGAAGUAACGGAUAAUUUUUGUGAUAAAAAUUACCAAGAUCCGUACGAAAAGAGGAUCUACGUCCAAUACAGUUCAAUGGCAGUAAAAUUUUACAAAAUUACAAUGAUCUUUGCUGCCGGUUCUGCAUUCGGUUUCGGCCUAUUACCUCUGCAAAAAUGUAUUAUUUCCUGGCUACUGCAUAAACCUGUUGUGCUGGAGCUUCCCUUCAAAAUAAAAGUAUUCAAUCACAAUAAUUUAUCUGCUGAUCAAACUAUUUUAUUGUAUAUGUACGAAUUACCGUUACCAAUAAACGCAUGUGUUUAUAAUGCAUCGAUAAAUCUGCAAUUUAUGAUCAUAAUGAAUAUAUGUGCCCGUACUGCUAUUUUGAGAAAUUUGAUGAAGGAUAUGAAUGUCAAGGGAGAAACUAUUAGUCAAAGACUGUUAUUCAAGCAAAUAGCUCUUAAACAUUUAGUAUUACUCAAAUUAACGAAAGCAUUUGAGCAAACAUGGACACCAAUUUUUUGUUUUGAGACACUUAUUCUUGUUCCACUUGUGUCCUUAGUAAUGUUUUCAGUUUUGGCAAUAGAUAGUAAUGAAACGGUGGCAAUUUUGACACUAAUAGCUUACGUGGCCUCAAUGAUGUCAUGCUUAUUCGCAAACUGUUGGAUGGGUCAACUAUUAAUAAAUGAACGUGAUCAACUUUUGGAAGCAUUUUACGGAUGCAACUGGUACGAAAUGUCUACUGAAUGUAAAAGAUUUUGGUUGAUUUGUAUGAUUAAUUGUGGGAAUAUUCCGAUGCAAAUAACUGCUGGGAAAAUUUAUGUAUUUUCGUUCAACGGUUUCACGGGAAUACUGAAAUCUUCGUUGGGUUACGUGUCGUUGCUGCGAACCCUGACUUUGUGAAAAUGUUUCAAAUUAUCUUAAUAGUUUAAUUGUAACUAUUUUUUUUUUUUUUUACAGUAAUAUAAUAAAAUCAGUUUCACUUACUGAUUACUUGUUGAUUGUGAAUAAUUAAUUAAUUUUUUUUGUUAUUUUCAUUCUCGAGACUCAUCUCGCAAAAGUAAUAAUAAAAUUUGUUGCAGAAUUAUUUAGUACAUACAAUAAAUGAUAAAAAUUUCAUGAAAGUUGAUAAUCUCCCGAACUAUAUAUCCCUCUCGGGCAUGAAAAAAAAAAAAUUUAUCAAUACACAUUAUUGAAGUGAGCAGAACAUAUAUUAUAAAAAAUGUGAAG